AUGUUAUAUUUGCUUCCCAACUGUCCCAAGGUGCUUUUUCCCUUUCCAUUGAAAAUUGUAGGGUGGACAUCUUUCUUUAUCUCUUUCUUUUUCUUUCUUUCUCUUUUUUUCUUUAUUUUACCUUUCACUUUCUUUAUUUUUUCUCUUUUCCUCUUUCUUUUUUUCUUUCAUUAUUUUUUCUUUUUCUCUCUUUCUUUUUCCUUCUUUACUUAUUUACAUAAGAUAGAUAACUUUCUGCUAUUUACUGGAGCUUUCAUUUUUCUUUUCUCUUUCUUUACUUUUCUUCUCUUUUCUUUCUUUUUCUUUAUUUUCUCUUCUUUUUUCUCUUCUUUUUUCCUGUUCUUUUUCUCUUCUUUCUUUUCUUUUUUCUUUCUUUUUCAUUCAUUUUUUUUCGUUCAUUUAAUUCAGUUUGCCUAUAACAACCAAUUCUCUUUCUUUGUUUUAUGUUCAACUGCAUCUCUCAGAAAAACUCACACUUUAUUUCUUUCUUUCUUUCUUUUUUUCUUUUCUCAACUUUCCUUCUUUCCUUACAUCUUUUUUAUUUUCCAUAAUCUCUUAUCUUUUCUCAUUCUUCAAUAUUUUUUCCUUCUUUACUUGAUCUUCAUUCAUUCUUUAUUCCUCGCACUUUUCCCUUUCUGUUUUGUUUAUCCUUUCUCUCUUUGUUCUUUGGGGUUUUUCUCUCUGUUUUAUUCCCCCCCUCUCUCUCUCUCUCUCUCUCUAUCUCUCUCUCUUUUUUAUUUGGCUUCCUUCUCACAUUUUGUUUCUGUUUCAUUUCUGUCACUUUUUCCUUUCAUUUUUUCUCUCUCUUUCUUUCCUUUCAUUUUUGUCUCUCUCUUUCCUUUUAUUUUUUCUCUUGUUUCUCUCUCUCUCUCUCCUUUCGCGUUUUUUCUUUCUCUUUUGCACCAAUUAUUUUCUUCUUUCUCACUGCUUUUUACUCUUUCUGGUCAUUGUAUUCACUCUUUUUCUUGCCCAUCAUGUUCAUUCGUCUUUUUUGUUUCUCUCUCUCUCCCUCUCUCUCUCUCUCAUCAUUUUUUUCUCUCUUUUGUCCUUUGUUUUUCUUUUCUUGACCAUUGUUUUUUACUCUCUCUCUCUCUCUCUCCACUCUCUUUCCCUCUCUCUCUCUCUCUCUCUCUCUCUCUCUCUUAUACAUUUAAAUAUUUCUACAAUUAA